UAUGGCGUCGGUGACACAUUUGAGCCACUGUCAAAUCGGCUUGGGAUACGCCUAAAAUUCACCGUGUACUCAUUUUAUCGGAAGAACAUACUAAAUUAUAAUAUACUCGAUGUGAGACAAUCUCGGUAAUUGGGACCACAGCAGGGGUACCUGAAUUAUUGGCAUUGAAAAUUCAUACGUUGGAAAAUAAUGGAGGCUAUUGUGGAGUACAACUAUGUGGCGCAGGAGUCUGAUGAGUUAACGCUGCGUAAAGGGGACAUCAUUAAAGAUAUUAAAAUAAUAGCAGGAGGAUGGUGGGAAGGCACCCUCAGGGAUAAGUGCGGCAUGUUUCCCGAUAAUUUUGUCAAGCUUUUGACACCAUCUCCAAGUGGCAAUGGGACUUUAUCAAAGAGUGACACCGAGGAGGUGACCCUGAGAAAUGGCUCAUCUGGGAGAAGAUGCUGCAAAGUGCUGUUCAGUUAUGAGCCAUGCAAUGAAGAUGAACUUGCACUUGUACCCCAGGAUGUCGUUGAAUUUCUCGGUGAGGUGGAGGAGGGAUGGUGGAGGGGAAGACUGAGGGGACGCACCGGUGUAUUUCCAUCGAAUUUUGUUACACCACCUACGCCAGACGACAGCGAUAGAGAAACUAAAGAAUUAUGCAGAGUACUUUUUCCUUAUAAGGCUAGUAAUGAUGAUGAAUUGACGCUCGAUGAGGGAGAUGUUGUCACUCUCCUGUCACGUGAUGCGCCUGAUAAGGGUUGGUGGAAAGGUGAAUUGAAUGGACGAGUCGGUCUCUUUCCUGACAAUUUUGUCACUGUAAUGGGCUCCAAGCCUGAUAAUCAACAGAAUCAGGACUAUUGGCAGGAGUCAAGUCAGCCAAUGGGUAAAUCCGGCAGCUUGAAGAGCUCCCACACUGGGAAGAAAGGAGAAAAGGCUAAUGUACGAAAAAGCUUGGACUCACGAGGGACAAAUGACAAUUCCAAAAAGACAGCAUCCUCAGCUAUUUCCUCUUUAAUGUCCUCGUCGUCCUCUUCAAUGUCGUCGACACAGACCAACUCGGUAACAACUAGUGAUAAGAAGUCUAUGAUUAUGUCAAGCUUGAAGAGAAUGGUGGAGAAACCAAGUGAUAGUAAUGUGGAAAGUGCUGAGAGCAGUGAGGGUGGGUUGGGUGAAGAAUUGGAUGGGGUUGAACGUGGUGAGGGUGCACCAUUGUCUCAUCUCACAGCAUCACGAGCCAGAGCACCACGUAGGCGUCUACCAUCCAGUCAACAUUUCAGAAAUCAAGGGGGAAAUUUCACUGGAGCUGUUAUUACCCCCCCGGGACCCACCGUUCUGGAUGAUAAUGGAACGAAUGGUACGACAGAUACGGUAGAUCAAUUCCGAGAAGAGGAUAAUGACGGAGUUGUUGUGGGUAAAUCCCGAAGGAUAGCUCCUUGGAUUGAGGAGUUGAAACAGAAUCAAAUGGAGAAACGCAAAGUCUUCCCCCCAGAGAAGCCAGAAAAAAUCGAGAGAAAGAAAGAGCAAAGGGCGUCAAAACCACCAAUACUAUCGAUGCCGUCCAGUAUUCCUGAGACGAACAUUAAAACGGGUCAGGACAAUGUGGAGGCACGUCAGAGGGAGAAAGAUAAGGAUAAGGAGAAAGAUACCAGUCAGAGGCCCGAAUCAAGUCAUCCGACGUGCCCUGUAUCACCCAAUACUGGCAGUACUCCAGCCUACGUACCCUAUCGGCUUUACAAUCAACUUUUAGAUAGAGUAACUGCAUUAGAGGAAAAGCAUACGGUAUUACAACGAACAGUUGCACAACUGUCCGAACAAUUGAGUACAUCAACCAAUAAGCAUUAAUUCAGUAUAAAAUUUCAUGAAUAUUUUUGUUCAGAACAUUCCAGACUGAGAUAUAUUUUCUCAGCGAAAUGAAUAAUUCAAAUAGUUUGCAGCUAAAAAGUAAUCUUUAUUCAUUAUCAAACAUCUAGUAUGAGGUAACGGUCUGUUACACAAUUUAUACCAGUAUUUUCAAUAUUGUUAUUGGAAUAGUUCGAUUCGUACUAUAUUUUUAAACGCAACAUUCCACAAAUCACUGGUGAUGAGAUAUUUUCUCGUAAACAGGCACUGCCAAUUUCGAAAAAGUUUUUUUUUUAUUAUGUUGUUUCCUUCGAUAGCCAGCUAUUGGAAUUUGUAAUAAUUGCAUUUAACGCAUUUGACACUGAUAGCAUUUUUAGAAGUACUUAAAAAGGAAUAUAACCUUGUAUGUUUGUAUCCGUUUUUUUUUUUCAUGCAAAUGACGAAUUGAGAAGAAAUUUUAUUCAUUAAUAAUCAAGUGGUGCCAAUAAAUUUUAUUUGGUUUCGGAAAAUAUAACGCAUGAUAAGAUAUAUUUUGUCACUCAGUCCGUGAGGCAGUGCUUGAGGACCGCUGAGCAGUCGUAAAAUCCUGCAUGCGGACUGAAUGACAAAAAAUAUUGCUCGUCACUCGGCCGAAAUAAUAUAUUUCCUCACUGGGUCGGUGAAACUUUUCUGGCUUUUAAACCCAAUCGUCAGGAAAGCUCUUUUCGACCGAGUGACGAACAAUAUUUUCCAACGAUUGUGUUUACAUUCGUCGAUACAAUCACGUCGGAUCGUAAAUUCAAUCGUUAGAAAAAUUUCUAACGGCCUAGUGACUAAGUAUACUAUUGAAUCAGCUUAUCAGGGGAUUCCAAGACUGUACAGAGUGAAAUAUGAAAUUAAUGAAAAAACAUAUAUAUAUAUUAUACAAAAAAUUGAAGGAAAAGGAAAAUAACAUUCAGAUGUAUCUCUGCUUUUUGUGGUUGAUAUGGUGCUAAAGUGCAGUAGAAUUUAUCGACUGAAAGCGCCCUAGAUUUAUUUCCAUGAACAUACCCACGGCAUUUCUAUUUUCACAUUUUUUAAAACCAAAAAAAAAA